AUGAUCAUUUCCAACCUAACCAGGAUUGGUAUAUCACGCCCUUGUGGUGCCUGGCAAAAUAAUUUGACCUGCUUUAGAUUCUUUGCAUCAACGGUUUAUUGUCACGCAACUCAAAAACAUGACAAAUUUUACAAACUCUUGAAAUACACUAGGAAGGUAGAUGAGACAGAAUACACAAUUGGUCAAGACCACCCACUGGGAUUGAGAAUACCGGCGGAGGUACCCAAUUAUCCAAAAUAUAAAUACGAAGCUCGUUUUUUCAAAAGGCAGAACAAAGGUCUAUACGGAGGUUUGCAGAGAAGUAGUGGAACAACAUGUUCUGAGUUUCUCAAUAAAACCCGUCGAGCACGUACUCCAAAUAUCCGCCGUGCCAAGCUAUGGUCGGAAAUUUUGAACAAAAAGGUAAAUCUAAGAGUAUCGACAAGAGUGUUGAGGACGUUAACAAAAGAAGGGGGGCUCGAUGAGUACUUGCUUAAAUCUACCCCAGCAAGAAUGAAAACAAUGGGUUUGAUGGGAUGGAAAUUGAGAUAUCAGUUAUUGCAACAAUUGGAAGCAAAAAACAGAGGAUCUGUUGAAUUGAAAGAUGGAAAAACAGUACCCAUCACUUAUAUUCACCCAGACGGUAGGAAAUUUAUUGUGCCAAAAGAACAGUUACUAAACAAGUUAUACGAGAUGGUUCAGAGAGACAGUUAUUACCCAGUACUUCCAAAUCAGUUUAACAAAAACUAUUCUUGGAUGUCUUUUGAAGAAAUUGUAAAUAGAUUGGAUAGUCAUCAGGUUGAGCUUGAGCAGUUUACCAUGUAA